CUCACUUGCAGGAGAUGCUGCUAAUUCCCCUCCUGAGACUGUACAAUGUAAAGCAGGUCAGAGAAGAUGUGAAUAUUCCCUGCAGCGAUUGUCUGGGGUGUAUCUGUAGACGCGAUGAGCUGUGAUUGCAGGAUACAGAUGGCUCACUGUAAGUCUUCCCUCUCUGGACUCAGCGUAUACACAGAUUUAAGAUAAACCUCUUCCCUGGAUAAGGAAACCUAUGUGGCCUGGGUCAGACACUUCAGCUGAGCUCAGCAGAACCCGCACCUGCUCUGCCCCUCUACCUGUCCUUGGCCAUCAUAGGGCAUAGAGAGUCAUAUGACAACCUGUGGCUGUAAAAUCCUGCUGGGAAUUAGUGCAGAUGAGAUUUGGAAGAAGGGCAGGGGGAGAGGACUCAUUCCUCCGGCAGUCCGAGUGGUGGUCACACAGCCAGCUCGCCACUGCGACUCCCACCCCCCUUAAGGAAGGACACCCAUCUCCACAUCACUAAGGAGGACUAUUUCCAAUAGCUUGACUCCCCCCACCCCUUGGGAUUCGGGAAGAUGGGAGCCGGAGCAAGUGCCGAAGAGAAGCAUUCCCGGGAAUUAGAGAAAAAGCUGAAGGAAGAUGCGGAAAAAGACGCCAGGACGGUGAAACUGCUGCUACUGGGAGCCGGAGAGUCCGGGAAAAGCACCAUUGUAAAACAGAUGAAAAUUAUCCAUCAAGAUGGUUACUCCCUUGAGGAAUGUCUGGAGUUUAUUACCAUUAUUAACGGAAACACGCUGCAGUCUAUGCUCGCCAUCGUCCGAGCUAUGAACACGCUGAACAUCCAGUAUGGUGACCCAGCUAGACAGGACGAUUCUCGCAAACUCAUGCACCUGGCAGACACCAUCGAUGAAGGCAGCAUGCCUAAAGACAUGGCAGAGAUUAUCGGGCGCCUGUGGAAAGACACGGGCAUCCAGGCGUGCUACGAUCGGGCAUCGGAAUAUCAGCUUAAUGACUCAGCAGGAUAUUAUCUCAAUGAUCUGGACCGGCUUGUGGCCCCAGGGUAUGUCCCUACGGAGCAGGACGUGCUGAGGUCCAGAGUGAAGACCACUGGUAUUAUCGAAACACAGUUUGGCUUAAAAGAUCUUAACUUUAGGAUGUUUGAUGUGGGAGGUCAGCGAUCCGAGCGUAAGAAGUGGAUCCAUUGCUUCGAAGGUGUCACCUGUAUCAUCUUCAUUGCUGCACUGAGCGCGUACGAUAUGGUUCUGGUAGAGGAUGAUGAGGUGAACCGAAUGCAUGAAAGCCUGCACCUCUUCAACAGUAUCUGUAACCACCGUUACUUCGCCGCUACCUCCAUUGUACUUUUCCUCAACAAGAAAGAUGUGUUCACAGAAAAGAUCAAGAAGGCCCACCUGAGCAUCUGCUUCCCAGACUAUGACGGUCCAAACACAUAUGAGGAUGCCGGGAACUACAUCAAGACUCAGUUUCUGGAACUGAACAUGCAACGAGACGUGAAGGAAAUCUACAGCCACAUGACCUGCGCCACCGACACAGAGAACGUAAAGUUUGUGUUUGAUGCGGUCACAGACAUUAUCAUCAAAGAGAACCUGAAGGACUGCGGCCUGUUCUAAGGAGACCGCCGCAGAAUUUCAUCGGAGGGUUUUGCCCGUGCCGUCCUCUUGCCCCACGAGCUCACUGAGCCUCACAGCGAUGGAGCCACCGG